CUGUCAUCUUAUCGGCAAGACUACAGCGUGAAGUUCGCUGGGAAUUACUCGAAAAUUUAUAGCGACCGACUACCGCUUACCGGCAUCUCCUUCAAGCACCCAAGUUUGUAACAUCGUAUAUAUCAGCAGCGCCAAGUACUGCGCUUAUAAGCAGGUGGAGCCAGCCCAGUCACUGCGGCAAAUAUGCGCUUCUUCCAAAUUGCGCUUUCAAGGCGCGUAACCAGUUACAAGUAGUAAAUAUCGUUGAGCGUGCGCCCUUUCAAAGCUCUGGCCCAGGCGAGCUAAGGCAUGGCAGCGGAAGGGAGCCUUGCAAGCGUCUGGCGGGCCUCCGCGGGUCCGUCUCGGUCGUCCUCCGUGUCAUUGGAUCACGUAUGCGGACCACCGCACCGGCACGAGGGCUCGGUCCGUUUCGUUCCAUCGGGUGAGCAUAACUCGGCUGCCUUUUUCACUCCUUUGGCGUCCAUCCAGCAUCUGGAUGAUAUGCUGGACGAUUUUUAUGCCGACGGGCCUCGAGCUUCAGCCCAUGUGACACCGCGCAUCUCCCGGGCGGCAGCGGCAGCAGAGCCUGGAAGCCAACACAGCGGGUCAUCAUCCUCGCUGCGGCUGCACGUAGGGCAAAGCGCUGCGGCGAUGGCGUGUGGAGCAAGCCAACUUCCCUCCGGUGGCAGCCGUGGACUUGCACCAACACGACGUUCGCGGGCGGGCGAUUCCCAGACUCUUCCCUCAGAUGCCGGGACACACCUGCACCGGCACCGGGACAGCGUGGACGUGCUGCGUGCAUUUCUGGACGACGGGCCAACGGUCUCGUCCGUCGCCACAUCACACCUGGCCUCCGCCUCCGCUGUCGAGUUCCCUGUAGUUGACGGGCUGGCGAGGUCGGCGCAGCCGGGUGCGGCUGGCCCGCGCGGCCGCUGCAGCGUGGAAUCGUCCGCGCUGCCGCCACAGCCACAGCAGCCGCGGCCGCCGGACUGCGUGGCCAAGGUAGUGGACUGCCACUUGCCGAUUGGCGAAGAGACGGGCGAGGGUACAACCGGCGAGGGCGAGCGCGAAGGGGAGGGCGCGGAUGAAGAGCGCCGCACGUCGCGCACUUCCGCCAGCAGCGCCGCUUCCGCGGGCUCGCAGCUCAGCGCCUCAUCCAUGGGAUUGCCCACGUCCGGCAGCGUCUGCGGCGCCGGCUCCACGCCGCGCGGCGGCAACUCGCACAAGGGCAUGGCUAGCACCAGCGGCACGCCUCCGGCGGCGAGUGGCGCCGCUAGUGUGCCGCCGCCCGGUGCUCCGGGCCCAUCCAUCACCCGCCUUGUGGCGAGUAUCGCCGGGCUGGGCGGCAGCCUAAGCGUCGGCAGCACGGGUCAUGCCGCCGGCGUUAGCUCCCAGCCGGGCUCGGCGGCUGGGGUGCGCGCCGCCAUCUGCAGCCCUUGCGUCGUGACAGGCCGGGAUUGCGGCUCAAAGGCAGCUGCGAGCAGAUCGCAGCCAGGCAUGGUCCCGGACAUGCCGCCCCUUGCGCCUAUCUACACUGGCCGCGCCAGCGUCGGCGCGGGCGCCCCUGGCGCCUCCUCCUCUGCCGCCGCCUCCUCGUUUGGCCAGCCUCUGCACGGCGGCGUGUUGUCCAGCUUGCGGAAAGCCGCUAGCGACGUGGUCAGCCAGCUGCGGGCGCUGCGGCCUGGGAAGACCGGAACUGCCGCUGCCACGCCCACGGCGACGCCCACGGCAGCGGCAGCCGCGGUGCAUGCAAGCACCUUCGCUGGCGAUGGUGCCGCACCUGUGCAGCACCAGCCUCGGCUGCUGCACACCGUGCAUGAGUGCAGCUUCUCGCAACUCAGCUACCAGGCGGCGCCGGGGCGCAGCCGCAAUGGCGGCGGCGGCCGCAACAGCUGCGACGGCAACUCAGUCCGCGUGUCGGAGCAUGCGUCCGGCCUGGCGCCGCAGGUGCACGCACGCGCACCGUCCGCAAACGCGGUCUGGGCUUCGAUGCCUCCGCAGUACGAUUGCACAAGCCCCAGCCUUGGCAACUCAAGCAAAGAUGCGCUACACCUGCCGUGGGUUGCGCCCAGGCCUCAGGAUGUGUCGGGCAAGUCAGCUGGUAUGCCCGUGGACCCCAUACUCCUGCCCUGCGGCCACAGCGUUAGCGUCGGCACGACCGGCAUGGGCGCGGGCCCCCGCGGCGAGUUCCUGGACGAGGUGGGGUUGGAGGCGCAUGGCUCGGACCUCAUGCCAGACAUGUGGGACCUGGCACACCUGGUGGACGAACUGGAGGACGGCUGGGGGCCACGUGGCGGCGUGCCAGCUGCGGGCGGCCUGCCGCCGUCGGUGCCGGUGGCCCGUGCCUUGCCGGUGGUGAGCGUGGGGCCCCAGCGCACGCACCGCACACACGCCAGCACCGCCCCCGUGGAGCUAACCGCUGACAUUGAGGCCAAUGGAGACGGCAUCUCGCGCGACGGCGUACCGCGGCUCCAGGCUGCGUUUACCGGCGCGAAGGCGGCAGCUGCAGGCGGCAGCGGCAGGGCGUGCUCCAGCGUGGGCAUACCGCAAGGGGCGACCAGCCGCUUCGCCUCUGGCUUGACUGUCACGUCUGUGCCCGGGCUCCUGUCCCACGAGGGCGCUGCCUCGCCGCGCGUAGCGCAGUACCCCGUCUCGUUGCCAGCAAUGACAGCGACAGUGGCCGCGACCGCGGCGGCGCUGGGCCUGCGUGGUAAUGACGCGGAGCAGAUUUACGUUUUGGGCGAGCUGGUGCAGACGGCUCGUGCGUCCGAGAGCGUUCGCCGCUCGCCGCACGUUUCCGGCGUGGCAUGUGGCGUGCUCUACACUGCCAGUGCGAGCAACAGCGGAGCCGUGACCGCCGCUGAGGCUGCCGCGAUGGCGGCGGCAGCAGCAGCCGCAGCACGCGGCAGCAGCCUCCCCUCUCGCGCCCCCAGCUCCGGUGCCUCUGCCGCCGCCGCGCUUGCCGUGGCGGGCUCUGGCUCAAGUGUGCCGCAGCCCUGCAGCGGCACCGGCUACCGUGACGUCGCUGCGGAGGCUGACGAGGCGUUCUGCUCUCCGCCGCAGCAGCAGCCGCUGUCCGCCGCGGCGGCCGCCGCCGUCGCGGCCGCGCGGGGCUCCACCUCCUCCGCCAACGGGCUCUGCGGCUCCAUGCUGACAUCAUCCCUGGCGGGCUCGUCUCUGUGGUCCUCUACCAUGCAGUCCUCCUCUGUCAUGCCCUUCCCGGAGCCGGCCCCGAUGUCGCUUCCGAACAUCAUGGCAGCAGGCGGCGCCGACGUCGCGUUGGCGUCCGCUUCCAACUUGUCCGCUUCUGUCACCCAGAUGCUCGCAAGCGGCGCUAUAGCCAUGGGGCCCGGUCCGAAUCUCGAGCACGCGGCUUACGCCACGUCAGCCGCAGUGGCCACCCCAGGCGCAAGCGCGGCUGCUGUGGGCGCCAGCCCCUUCAGCGGCCUUCAUGCAGCACAAGCCAUACCGGCAGCCACCGCCUUGGCCACGCCUGCUUGCGAAGGCCCCGGCUCUCCCUGGCAUAGCGCCGCGCCUGCCUCCACCACUGCUGCGCCACGUGCAGCCAACGGCCUCGGCAGCGCCAACAAGGUGCCCGGCUUUCCCACCGCCACAUACAUGACCGCUGCCUUUGGCUCCACCUUCCGUGCCGGUUCCACCCUGGGCAGCGGCAGCGGUGGCUUUAGCCGCGCCAGCACCGCCGCGCUCAACUCGGGCCCCGGCGGCGGCUCCGCGGCCGGCCCGGAGCUGACCAUGGUGUGGCCGCUGGUCAUGCCGACCACGGUGCCCGCAGUGCUGGCUGGGGAGCCAGGCGAUGAGGAUGAGGACAGUAGCGCCGCCGCUGCCGCCCGUCCAUUCUCGCUGCAUGUCCUCGUGUCUUGCGGCUGCGGCGCGCCCUACGGCUGCUAUUGCGCCACACGGGAAGCUGUAGGUGGAGCCGCAGCCAGCAGCCAUACCUGCACGCCACCGGACAGUGCGCUCAGUCUCACGCGCACGCUCGCUGCGCCCGACGCGCGCCGUGCCGCCGCUGCGACGCAAUAUGCAGCGGAGGAGCAGGAGCAGCGUGUGACUGUGAACGCAAUGCUCUCAGGCGUGCAACUGGCGUGCGUGCCGCUGCAGGAGGGUGGCGGCUGCCAGGGUGCGCUGCUGCGGCUGCCAAUGCUGCCUGCCAUGCAGCUGGUAAACGUCUUCACCGCCGGCGACGGUGACGGCGCCGAGUCGGCGGCCGCGGCGGGCCCCGCCACCAACCUGCUGGCUGUGCCGCCAGCAAUGGCUGCUGAGUUACACAUGUUCUUCGCAGCGCGUGUCAAGUCAAACCUGAAGCGGCUCACGGAGCUUACAGGCGACGGUGAGGACGCCACCUCGGCGGCGGCACGGCGGCGUGACCUGCAGCUGCUGCGGCAGCCCUGCACCCCCGGCGCGCCGCCGCCGUGGCGGCUGUCGCCGGCGGUGUGGGCCGCCUGCCGCUCCGAGUGGCGCGGCAGCAUGCAGCCGCUGCUCGCCGACAUAUGCUACCUGCUGCUGUGCGUGCCCAACUGCUUCGCGCACGGCCUGGUGGAGUGGGACCGCGCCAUGUAUUGCGAGACGCUGGCGCGGCUGCUGGGGCAGCUGGAGCGCUACAAGCUGUGGGCCACCAUCAGCGUGCUGCUCGAGUACUGCCGGCGCCAGGGCGUGGCGCUGUUGUACCAGGGCGAGGCGGUGGGCGCCGGCUCGCUUACGGCGGAGCGGGUGCGCGCGCUGCUGGAGGGCGCGCUGCACGACGAGAUCAGCAUCAAGGCUGUGGACCGCGGCGCCCAGGAAGCGGGUGGUGGUGGCGGCAUAUGCGGCAUGGCGGGCGGCGCGGGUGCGGGCGGCUUUGGCUUCCAGGUCGGCGCGCAGGUCUGGACGGCGGCUGCGGGGCUGUCGGCCCCGUGCAGUGGCGACGAUGACGGCAGCUAUGGAGGCAAGUACAACAGCCUGCCGCCGCCCGCCGCCGCCGCCAUGGUGGCGGCACUGGGCGCCGCGAGUGGCAGCACUUGUGGCGGCGGAAGUGGCGCGCGCGCGCGGCGUGCGUCUGUCACAGCGCUGGUUCCGCCCGAUGCCGCUGACGCGGCCACGGCCUAUACCCUCAAAGCCUGGCGGCGGCGCUCGGUGGACACGCCAGCUAUGCGGGCCGCCCAUGCGAACGAGGCCGCCGCAGCGCUCGCCGCCGUCGGCCGCGGUGGGGCGCCGCCUCCGGCGGCUUCCUCCGGCGCCACCUGCGCUGCCAGCAGCGCGCCGGUGCCGCCCAAGCCCGGGCCGGCGCCGGUUCGAACGCUGCGUUCGCAGGCAAGCAUUGGGCGCGUGCUGACGCGCGUGCUAACGGCACUGGGUGCGGGAGAGGACGAUGCAGCCCACACGCCGAUGGGUACACCCAGGACGCCGCUGGCGGCGGGCGCGGCUGCACGGCCAUUUGCUGACGUGGGCCCGGCCAGCGCUGAGGCUACGGGUGGUGGGCCGGCGGCCGCUCCUGGGGAAGGGGCGACGGCGGCCAAGACACGGGGCCAACGCCUGGGCCACGUAAUAGAGGGUGCCGCAGUUGUGUUGGCGUUCGCUGGUGUCAUGCUCCAGUCUUUGCAAUGAGUGGACGGUUGGUGUCCCGCCAUGACAGUAAGAGAGCGAGUAGGAACUCGUGUGCGGUAGGAAAGUCAACAAUAAAGGGCUAAGGUGCCUUAAAUAAAUGACGGCGAUGGCAGUUGCACCAAGGCAGCGAACCAUCCAACCGUUUUUGGAGCGCCGUACUAUUCAUGAUUCAAGCAGGGCACCGUACCAUGUGUACCCCCAUGCACAUUCUUGCAUACGUCGUGCAUGUUUUGCAAUACCAUUGCUCGGUACAGACACGAAGGGGAAUCGUGGCGUGCGGCAAGUGCAAGUAGAGACUACGAAAGUCAGCAGUAGUUUUUGGCGGCUCAGGCGAACGGCAGGGCCUGGCAGGGCCCCUUACAGGGCUAACAAGUCUGAGGUUAGGUCAGGAUGCGGCAUCCAGUGUAGAACCCUUCAUUGUUUACUUUAAUAUGCGUGGCUUGGCAGCAGGCUUGCCAGUGACAAUAAACGCGGUGCGGUGCAGGUUGCAAGCUUUGGCAACCGUAAGUGACAAGCGGCGUAACCAGCGCGUCGAACAAGUGGGCCCUUGGCGCCAUCCAGGUGGACCGGAUGGCUUUGGAUUUCCUCAUACUGAGCCAGAUUGUUAGUAUAGCAGCUUGCAAGUUACGUCAGGUUGCGACAUGUGGACAUGUGAAUUGCGACAUACAACAUUGCGACAUAAUGCACAUACCGCCCAAACGCAUUCAAUAUGCCUCUGGUAAGCGUGGAACGCCGUGGCACACAACAAAACGUGUCACGGUUGCCACGGUGGUGGUGGCGUGGCGUAGGAUGCGGCCAGUGGGAGGAGCGUGUGGCUAUGCUAGCGCAAUGCACCGCCGCAAAGCUGCUGGGAGAUGUUACUUGAAUGAGCUCCAGGACGCGUAGCUAUGCAAAUGUGGGCGAGUCUUGCUAUGUCAUAUGUCGCAUGUCGCAACCUGGCCAUGUCAAACAAUCUGCACACAGCCAUAUUUGGUAAAACCUAUUGAUCACAAAUAGGCGGCAGGUCCAAAUCGGCCGAAGCGAGAAGCGAUUGACUGUGGCUGAUCUGGUUUUGGGUGCAAUUUCGCAAGCAUGACAAUGACGCUGUAGCGUUUAGAACAGGGGAGGAUCUCUGGUUGAGAAACAUUCUUGUGGGUCGUGUACACGCUGUACUCAAGACUGAUUGUGCAUAAGCGCAUCGAGUGAGCGUGCAGACACGCGUGCAUGCAUAUCCCGUAACCAUUUGCUCGAAACAAUGACCAUUGAUAUUGGUAUGUAAAAUGGGGUGCUA